CCUCGAGCUUGACAGCGUGUGUAGAGGCGGGGGAUUCAUGCGAACAGACCGACUGACUGGAGGUCUGCUGCGGACUUCAGUCGGAGCAGCCGACAGCUCUGAAAUAAGGUGGAAAAGUUCGUACUGCCGCAGAACUCCGAGACACCGGCGGACUUUUUCAAGUUCCCCCAGUCAGACAUGAGGAGCCCUCAAGGCCUGGGUUGCUGAGCAGCUGAGGUCACAGUUCAAGUGCUUGUUCCGGCAGUCAUGGCUGACAGAGAGGGGCUGUCCAUCGCCCCGGGGCAGGUCUACAUCGAGGUGGAGUAUGACUAUGAGUACAAGGCCAAAGACAAGAUGGUGACUAUCCGCCAGGGAGAGUGGUACAUGCUGGUGAAGAAGACCAAUGAGGACUGGUGGCAGGUGAAGAAGGAAGAGGGCACGAAGGCCUUUUACGUGCCGGCGCAGUAUGUCAAGGAGGUGCGUCGGGCACUCAUGCCCCCUCAGAAGCCCACCCUGAGGGCCAAGCCCACUGUUUUGGAUAUCCGUCGGGCAUCCGAUGAAAACCUCAACAGACCACAGCCAGAAAUGUCCAGCUUUGGUCGCCCGUCACCUUCCUCCACUCCGUCGCCAUCCUCUGACCGCGUCACACCGCCGGUCCUGCCCAAGGAUGCUAACCAGAAUGUGGGAAGUCCCCAUCACUGCAAGGUUGUAGCUGAACUGGUCCUUCUUCACAACAAUAACAACCAUCACCACGCCAACAAUUCCACGCUGCCAAGGACACGGGCAGACUCGCCUCCGCUCAAAGUGGGGUACAACCAUAACAAAAGUCCAGAUAGUGACAAGGCCUCCCCACCGUGCGACCUGCCAGGAGAAGGGCUGAACAAGCUGCACAACGACUCUGAGUCCGGGGACGAGCUGAGCAGCAGCUCAACAGAACACAUGCAGACAACAUCUCCUACAGGUCAGGGUCGGUCCGACUCGCCGGUCUACACCAACCUCCAGGAGCUGAAGAUCUCUCAGUCCAGCCUGCCGCCCGUCCCCUCCAGCUCCCCUCUCCACAUCUUGGGCGACUGGGAAACCCACAAAGAUCUGAGUGGCAGGCAUUUCUACUACAACCGUGCCACCGGAGAGCGCACCUGGAAGCCGCCACGCGCCAGGGACACGAGCAGCAGCACUAGCAGUAUCCGAGGAGACAGCCAGGGCACAGCGGAGAGUGAGCCACUGUCCUCAGAGGAAAACUGUCACAGCACCCACUCGAGUCAGUCUGACAGCCAGUAUGGGUCGCCCCCUAGAGGCUGGUCUGAGGAGCUGGAUGAACAUGGACACACACUCUACGUCUCUGAAUACACACAGGAGAAGUGGAUCAAACAUGUGGAUGAACAAGGCCGGCCCUACUACUACAGCGCUGAUGGAUCCAGGUCAGAAUGGGAACUGCCCAAGUACAACAUCUCCCCUCAGUCAGGAGAGGCACCCAAGAGUCGCAGUCUGGAGAGGAAGCAGCAGGAUCCCAUCGUCCUCACCAAGUGGAGACACAGCACCUACGUCUUGGACCUAAAUGACAAGGAGUGUGCUCCGGCGCCCAAGCAGAGCUCUCCAGACUCUGACUCCUGCCCCUCAUCUCCUAAGCACCCCUCGACACCUUCAGAGAAGUGUGGAGUCCUCAAUGUCACCAAAAUCACAGAGAAUGGAAAGAAAGUCAGGAAGAACUGGACCUCCUCGUGGACUGUGCUGCAGGGAUUCUCCCUGCUCUUUGCAAAGGGUCAGGGGGGCAGCACCAGCUGGAAGUUUGGGAGCAACCAGUCGAAGCCCGAGUUCACCAUUGAUCUGCGAGGAGGAUCGGUGGAGUGGGCCUCCAAGGACAAGUCGAGCAAGAAACACGUCAUCGAGCUGAAGACUCGUCAAGGGACGGAGCUGCUGAUCCAGUCAGAGAUCGACAGCGUCAUCAACGAUUGGUACCGGGCUCUCACAGAGACCAUCAACACACAUGCCUGGGAGUCAGAUGAGGCCAUUGAGGAAGACAUGCCUGAGUCUCCAGGAGCUGAGAAACAGGACAAGGAGAAAGACCACCGGGACUCUAAGAAGAACAGAGUGAUGAAGACUUCUGUGAGUAUGGACUCAUCAGACCAGAAGAAAACCAGGAUGAAGCUCAAGAAGUUCCUGAUUCGUCGACCCACCUAUCAGGCUGUCCGAGACAAAGGCUACAUCAAAGAUCAGGUGUUUGGCUGCAGUCUGACCAGUCUGUGCCAGCGGGAAACAACAUCGGUGCCCAACUUUGUCAAAAUGUGCAUCGACCACGUGGAGAACACAGGUCUCAAUGUGGACGGCUUAUACAGAGUGAGUGGGAACCUUGCCGUGAUCCAGAAGCUCCGCUUUGCUGUGAAUCAUGAUGAGAAGGUGGAACUGAAUGACAGCAAGUGGGAGGACAUCCACGUCACCACCGGAGCCCUCAAGAUGUUCUUCAGGGAGCUUCCUGAGCCUCUCUUCUCAUACGGAUCCUUCAAUGACUUUGUCAAUGCCAUCAAAUGCUCCGACUACAAGCAGCGGGUGAAUUCAAUCAAAGACUUAAUCAAGAAGUUGCCAAAACCCAACCACGACACAAUGCAAGUCCUCUUCAAACACCUGCGCAGGGUGAUCGAACACGGAGAGGCCAACCGCAUGACCACCCAGAGCGUGGCCAUCGUAUUUGGACCCACUCUGCUGAGGCCCGAGACCGAAACGGGCAACAUCGCGGUCCACAUGGUCUACCAGAACCAGAUAGUGGAGCUCAUACUGCUCGAGUACGAAAGCAUCUUCGGCAGGUAGAGGUGCCUGCUCACAAGAGGAUUCAGGCCUUUUCAAACACGGGCUUCUUUUCCUUUUUCCCCUCUUUUCUUUGAGCUGAACAUUGCUGUGGACCAAGCAGGUGGGAGAAAAAAACCCAAAAUACAUUCAUUAACAGGGCAGGUUACGAAAGUGUUGCACUUACAGAAGUUUUGGAGAUGAGUUAAAAAAAAGGUGUACAGACCUCACGCUUUUUCAGUUGCCAUUCCUGCUUGCGAGUAGCAGGGCCGGACAAUGGACAGUGUUUGAGAGUGAUGACGUGUGGACAUCCUUGUGAUUUUGGUGGAUUUAAGUAUUCAGGUGUUUUCACAUACACUGGAUCCCUGUGGCCAGUAUUUCAAACUUCAAAGCGGAAUCGGUGUAAGCCGCGGUUAUGGGCUACCUUAUGAGCCUGACCGGCGAGCUCAUUCCUUCAGCGAGGGGAUGAGCUGAAUCUGAACUGGAUAGGUUUUGUGCGUCGUGGAGCGUCGUCUGUGAUGUAUCAGCCGUGUGUGGAAAAAAAAAAAAAAAAAUCAGUGUUAUAUCUUUUGGCACUUGGAUCAACUGGAGUUACAGAUCGUGUCCCCAACUUCCCACAGUCCCUCUUACCUUAACGACACCAUCUUACCCCCGCCCCCUCCCUCACCCACCAACUCCCCCUUUAAACCAGUGUUAAGCAUUAACCCUGUGACAUAAGCGUCCUGUGACUUGAAUGAUUGUGUGUGUGUGUGUGUGUGUGUGUGUGUGUGUGUGUGUGAAUUAACCUAAAUGGAAUAAAACCUGAGCAGAAGUGUCCUCGUCUUGCCACCGUGUACAAACUGCGUGUCGUGUCGUCUUACGUGCUUUGGUAAAGUUUCCGUUAAGCUGCCGUGGGGGGGUUUGGGCAUCAUCUGUGCUCCUCUGUGAACUUCAGUGUUUGUUUCUUCAGUGGCAGGAAACAUCACCGAGGUGCCAGUGUUACUGGAAGACAACUAAGUGGAUUUCUGGGAACUGCAGUGUUACCAAUUUUUACAUAAAUUGUCUCUGACUGGCUUGACGACCCCUCUCUUCAGCUAAGCUAAAAUUCAAGUAUUUGGAGAAGGGAAACGGUACAGAGGAUAUUUCAGAGGUUGACCUAUGGGUGUUAGAAUGCAAAAAGAGCCUUUAAAAAAAACGUUCAGAGCAUAUGUACAGUGACAGAAACUAGUCGUUACAAUGUGUUAUAGUGACAGGUAUGUAUGCUUUGAUGGUGAACUAGUGAAAGAUGAUUUUUGAUUUUGUACAUUUCAAUUAAAACAUGACAAUACACAGAUUGUGGAAAAAAAAACAACAACAAACAUGAUCGACUGUUACUUUUGUUUGAAGGUGUAUCUGGAGUGUUUGCGCAUGGUCAGCUGCACAUUUUGAAUGUAAUUUUCAGGCUAACUGCUGUUUGUGAAAUUGCUA